UAAGCUUUACAGGCUUUUCGUCGAACACCUUGCGGUGGUAGAUUAGUUCCGGUCGGGUUUAGGGUGACCUCCACACAAGCUUGGGCCGUGGCUUUACCCAGAUCCGUAGUCUCCUCCUCAUAACCUUCCCGCCUUCUUCCGCUCCCCACGUAGGGCAAGAAGGGGACAUCGAGGGAUCCCCAUGGCGGCGCCGAGUGGAUCUCGGAAGAAGGUCCAGCGCAAGUUCAAGCUCCGCGGGUUCACCCUCAAGGUCGACGCCCUAGAGGAGACCCUCGCCUACCUUGCCCGCUUCCCUGACGCCGAAGACGGAUACCUCGACCUCCUCAUCGAUGAUAUCGAUAAGCAAUCCCUGAAAUCGUCCAUCUUGGAUCGGGAGGCAAUCCGCCGGGUUGUUAGCCUCCUGCUCAAUGCGGAUGCCGCCGUCGACCCCAGCGCCGCCAGCACCAGCAGCAGCUUCGCCCUUAGGGUGAUUGAUGCGUUCGUGAUCCCUCGGUUUCGUUACGAUCCCAUCAAGAACGUCUUCUACGAACACACGGGAAAGUUGCCUAUCCAUGGGGAUGCUGGUGAUAAAGCUGCCCUAUAUAGGGAUCGAUACCAGUUAUUGCUUCAGAGGAUUGCUCGCGACAAAUUCUUUUCAAAACCCGUUUUUGACACCAAAAUGACUGAAUCCGAGAGCUGUGAGAUCACUCCUAUUCAGUCUUUGAUUGGAUGCACCGGAAGAAGAUGGAUUAUGGGCGUGAUAUCACAGUUGGAAGAAGGCCAGUUCUACUUGGAAGAUCUGUCUGCUGCUGUUCCAAUUGAUUUAUCUAACUCAAAAAUCACUUCAGGAUUCUUUGUUGAGAACACUGUGGUUGUAGUAGAAGGAGAGUUGCUUUCAAAUGGUAUUUUCCAGGUCAAUACAUGUGGAUUUCCACCCAUGGAGGAUAGAGAAACUUCAUUGGCACUACACAUGGGGCUUGACUUCUUCGGUGGAGACGUUUUAUCAACCGAAGAAAAUUUCAGAUUAUUAGGGCUAGAGAAGAAGGCAGUAAAUGACAUGUUUGUGGUCCUGUCAGAUGUUUGGUUGGACAAUGAAGAGACUAUGGAAAAGCUCGCUGUGGUCUUUGACGGUUAUGAAAGUGUUGAGGUGGUUCCUUCUUUAUUUAUCUUGAUGGGGAAUUUCUGCUCUCGGCCCUGCAACCUUGCUUUCUAUUCUUAUUCAACUCUCAGAAUGCAGUUUGCAAAGCUUGGAGAAAUGAUUGCUUCUCACCCAAGACUAAGAGAACAAAGCAGAUUUUUGUUUAUUCCAGGUCCUGAUGAUGCAGGUCCAUCCAAGGUUCUUCCAAGGUGUGCUCUGCCAAAGUAUCUCACUGAAGAAUUGCAAAAGCAUAUCCCUGGUGCUAUUUUCCGUAGCAACCCAUGCAGAAUUAAAUUUUACACCCAAGAAAUUGUUAUUUUUCGGCAAGAUUUGCUUUACAGAAUGCGUCGAUCUUGUUUGAUUCCUCCAUCAACAGCAGAAACGAGUGAUUAUUUCCAGCAUCUUGUAGCCACUAUUACUCAUCAAAGUCAUCUUUGCCCCUUGCCGCUGACUGUGCAACCCAUCAUCUGGAACUAUGAUCACUGCCUUAGAUUAUAUCCAACUCCACAUACGAUAGUGUUGGGCGACAGGAGUGAGCAGAAGGCUUUCAAAUAUACUGGAAUAACAUGUUUCAAUCCAGGCUCCUUCUCUAAUGACAACACAUUUGCUGCAUAUCGCCCUUGCACUCAGGAGGUUGAGUUGUCUGCCUUGGAAAGCUAAUCCAGUUUGAACCAUACUGCUCCCUACAUGGUUAAGAAUCACCAGUUGACAGAACCCAUGCUUAUGGGUCACCAUGCUCUGCUGUAUGUGUAUGUGCUGCCAAGACAUGCCCUCUGAAACCACAAAAUUAAUGUGACAUCGGCCUAUUGUGGGAAUAAGUAUGACAUUUGUGGAAA